AUGCAGCAUCAAAAUCACAUUCUCGUCAAUUUGGGCAUUCUUUGCGAAAGUCUUUUCAGUUUUGGACGCUCUAUAACCAAUCCAGUGUCAUCUAGCACUAUGACUACGGGGGGCUUCAGUGAACCUAAAACGCCUACUGCAGUCAGUGUUCCACGCCGUAUUCUUUUAAGAUCUAUAUUUGAGUGGAAUUCAGGACCAACAACAACGAUCGUCCCUAACAGUUGCACAGAUGGUACUAUCCAGCCAUUAAACAUGCCAGUGGAUGUCGUAGCUACCAGUUCUAUAGCAUGUCCUUCAAAACAACUUUCAAACCAGAGGUUUGUUGCACCAGUAAAUUCUAUCUGUAGUCCUUUACCAAAUCGACGUUUACAACAGCUGAAUCCUUUAUUUAUGUCUACUGGAUCAACUAAUGAUAUACCUGACCUUUCGUGUAUGUCUACCCAGCCUAUGCAAGUUGUACCACUGUUUAACAGAAUGACCGAACUUGACCAAGGAUCUAACAGUGUUACUCAAAACGUAAUAGCCACUACCUGUUACAACAACACAAUACAACAGCAAGAUAAAAUUGCAGCGAAUUACACAAGAGCAGGAAGUGGUUUACCACAUUCUAAGGCACCUUCUGUAAAUCAGCAUUGUUCGCAUGAAUCUCAUUUGUCUGGUACAACUCAUCGGGUACCAAUUUCAUGUCAUUGCCAGCCAACCACUGAUGUUCUCCCAAUUGAUAUCAGUCGACAGCCUCAGCAACAACAGCAAAUAUCAAGUUCAUUGCUCACACCAUCAACUACACAGACUGCUCCCAUAGUAUCUGUUUAUAACGACAGUUUUGUUACUUCAAGUAUGGGAACCAGUUUCUCCCUGAGAGCAUAUAAUGUAAAUCAAAAGUCUAAUGAAGAACAUAACUUGAUCGCUAGAUAUGCCGCUCAGUUGGCUGCUGCUUCAGCAUUAAAUCAGGAAUUUGAUAAACUGGGUGAUUUUGUUGAUUCGACCCAAACACAGAAACAGUUAAUUGCCCAACUGCAAGAGAAAAAUAGGAGCAAACGCACAGCCAGUGCCUCAAAAUCCCUGAAAUUACAUUCUGGUGGGCGGAGACCGUAUCUGGGACAGGCUUUUCAGACUGAAGAAAAGACAGUACUGUUCAACCAUAAUUCAACAAAUGUUAUCAGAUUGUCUUCAAACCAUUCAUCUCAUCAGACAAAUCAUUCAGACAGUGGAUCAGAUGCAUAUUUAUACUCAGAUCCUGAACUAUGCUUUACAAUCACAUCAAUGACCUGUCCUUCACAAUCUGGUGUAUCAACUCUGCAAGCGGCAGUACAGUUAUCACCCUUGCCGUCUGCUUCAACAGUGGUUUCGAAAAGUUCAAAAACGUCCAGAGAUCUUUUAGGUUGUCUAAGCGAUAAAACUGUAACAACUACUCCGAUAGUAGAUAAUUAUGAAUAUGCUGGUUCACAUCCAUGUUCAGUUCCACCGUUAUCGUAUUUUCAAGAUGAACAUGUUAGACAUCGAAGGAAUAAUACUUUAAGCAUUCCAGCUACAACUAAUCUUUAAUUAAAAAUUCUAAAGUGAGUUUUUGAUUCACCUUAGUAUUCUAUGUCGCUAUAGUUAGUUGAAAGUUACUCUUACUGCCGAAAAAUAUCAUUCACAUAAACAUUGUACUGAGAAUCCUUCAUAAUACACUUUGUGAAACUAAUAAGAUACUGAAACAAAAUCUUCAAGCCUGGUGCAAAAACAUUUUUCCUUUGGCCACUAUAGGGGCCAAUAUUUCCUCACUUCAUUGUUUGGAAUUCAUUAGGAAAUAUUCGACAGUCUUUUCAGUGAAAAUACUGUCAGAUAGAAGUUCGAACGUAUCUUGACCAACAAUGGACCGGAUAGUUUGAAAAAAACAUACAAAGUAAACGAAAUCCUUGGAACGUAUAACUUUUCACACUAAUAUAUUAAACUGAAAAGUUCGAAAAGUAAUUUUAACAAUAAAUCAUCUUCCGUUUACCAACUAGUGAGAAAUAACCUAGUCCAAUAAAUAUUCCGUUUCAUUCCGGUUUAUUUUAGCAGCAAAUAGUCCUAACUUCUUCCAUAUUCUAAUUUCGAAUCCUUAAGAUUUCAUUCAAUUUUCAGGGUUUGUAACAAUUAAUUUGGUUGAUUGAUUUUCAUACUAACUAGUUAUCAAAAUAUCUAGAAUUCUCUGUCGUCGAAAUCAACAGAGUACUUUAAUUUCACAAAGUCCAUUAUUUUGUUUUCAUUCUUCUAGAAGCUAACAUGCUUGUCAUGAACCCUCUUGUCGAUAUUUUUACACAUAAAUGAAGAUAUUUUUGCAUGCUCCAAAAAUCCUCAGAAAAGAAUCUCAUAUCCUUCUGUUUGCCAUGAAUUCUGUCAUUUUUUUCAAUGGAUGCCUAUGUAAGGGUAAUUUCAAAUCGCUAAGAAUUAACGUGCUCAAAAUAUAGUUCUGAGAAAAAUAGAACAUCUAUUGUUUAUCUUGGUAUCUAAUAACUUAAACAUAUUUUUGAUCAGAAGACUACAUUUCUUUUUAAAUUCAUCUUAUUUCAGGUUUUCAUUGCAAAUCAUGGUCAU